GUAGGACAGUGCGCCGGAAGCAGUUCUGAUGUACCGUUUUGGCGCGUUCGUUACUUCUAUUGACAGACGAUUGCUUGUCUGACUAACUGAGGUAUUUACAUAAUGCAGGCGUUUUUGAAAGGGGCAACGUCCAUCAGCACAAAGCCCCAGAAAGAUAAAGCUUCUGUAUCUGGCGCCGGCAGCAGUUCUGAUGGCAAGAAGCAGAAGGCUGUACCAUGGGUGGAAAAAUAUCGCCCCAAAUGUGUAGAUGAAGUGGCUUACCAGGACGAAGUGGUAGCGGUAUUGAAAAAAUCACUGGAAGGAGCAGAUCUCCCUAACCUACUCUUUUAUGGGCCUCCUGGAACUGGGAAAACAUCUACAAUCCUGGCAGCCUCCAGAGAGCUCUUUGGGCCUGAACUGUUUCGCCAGCGUGUUCUAGAACUGAAUGCAUCAGAUGAAAGAGGAAUACAAGUUGUUCGAGAAAAAGUGAAAAACUUUGCUCAGCUAACAGUGGCAGGGACCAGACACGAUGGAAAGCCAUGCCCCCCAUUUAAAAUUAUAAUACUGGAUGAAGCGGACUCAAUGACAUCGGCUGCGCAAGCUGCUCUGAGACGCACAAUGGAGAAAGAAUCCAAAACCACUCGAUUCUGUCUGAUUUGCAAUUAUGUCAGUAGAAUAAUAGAACCUUUAACGUCCCGGUGUUCCAAAUUUCGAUUUAAACCGCUGGCUGAUAAAAUACAAACCCAGAGGAUUCUGGGAAUCUGCGAGAAGGAAAAUGUGAAAAUCUCAAAUGAGGCAGUGAAUUGCUUGGUUGAGGUUUCAGAAGGAGACUUGCGGAAAGCUAUCACAUUUUUACAGAGUGCAACAAGACUUACUGCUGGGCAAGAGAUAACACACCAAGUAGUUAUAGAAAUAGCUGGGGUAAUACCAAAAGAAACUAUUGAUGAGAUCCUAGUAACUUGCCAAAGUGGUUCAUUUGAAAAACUGGAAAAUGCGGUCAAGAGCAUGAUAAAUAAUGGUCAUGCAGCUAACCAGCUUAUAAAUCAGCUUCAUGAUUCAAUACUUGAACGCGAGGAUUUCACUGAUAAACAGAAGGCCAUCAUUGCAGAAAAACUUGCAGACGUUGACAAAUGUUUGGCAGAUGGAGCAGAUGAGUAUCUUCAAAUGCUUGGUCUGUUUGCAGUCGUUAUGCAACAACUGACUCAAAAUUGCUAAUUUUCUUUCUUAAAAUGUCAAUAUUUUGCAAUAGAACUUUUGUAUUAAUGAAUGUGUUUAUAAAAGUGUUUACAAAAAUAA